AUGAUCAGUAGCAAUAUAACUGGUGAAGGUAAAACUAACUGUUGGAAGUUGUGCAAUGUGAAUCCACACUCAACGUAUGCUUUAUACUUUGAGAAACAGGACAGUUUAAACACAAUGACAACCAUUCAAUUCCUUUUUCAUUAUCAACAUCCUUCAGGCGAAAUGAGAUUGAGAGUUACAACGAUUGCCGUGAAUAUCAUUGCUGAUUCUGACCAGAUUAAUCUAGAAUUGGGUUUCGACCAAGAAGCAGCAAUUGUUUUAGUAGCACGUGACUCAAUCAAUAAGCUACAACCGGGUCAUACAAAGGUAACCAAAGACUCCAUAAUUGUUAAACAAUUGGAUCAGACUCUUAUUGAUUUUUGCACGAGAUACGCCGUAUACACUAGUGGAAUACUUGAGUCAUUUAGAUUAGCCCAGACAUAUUCCUUGUUUCCCCAAUUCAUUUACCACUUGCGACGCUCUCCAUUUAUCAAUGUUUUCAACAGCUCUCCUGAUGAAACCAGUUAUGUUCGACAUAUAUUCAUGCAUGAGGACACUUCCAAUUCAUUGUUAAUGAUACAGCCUACUUUGUUGUCAUACGACAUUAACACCUGGGGAUCAGUUGUGGAUGAAGCAACUGGAGCGACAUUGGACGAACCCGAACCUGUUUUAUUGGACUCUUUGAGUUUGGGAAGUUCAAAGAUCUUGUUAUUAGACACUUUUUUCCAAAUAUUAAUCUAUCAUGGUGCACAAGUUGCUGAAUGGAGAAAGGCUGGUUAUCACGAACAAGCUGAAUAUGAAUAUUUUAAAGAUUUCUUGGAAUCCCCGAAAAAGGAAGCCAUGUUGUUGUUGAUGGAUAGAUUCCCAUUGCCUAGAUUUAUUGAUUGUGAUGAAGGGGGUUCACAAGCAAGAUUUUUGAUGGCCAAAUUGAAUCCAAGUACCAGUUAUGCAACUAAUGUGAACCAUUUUUACGGAACUGGAGAUCGAAAUGAUGUGUUUACGGAUGAUGUUAGCUUACAACUGUACAUGGACCACAUACAAAGAGUAGUCACUUCCAAGAAAUAG